AUGCUUUCCCGCAGCGCACCCCGUCUUCUCCGUUUGGCCAGCCGCACCGUUCACCCCAAUCCCCUCACAACCCCGCAAUCCCGGCCCGCUCUCGCUUUUGCUCUUCGCCGUAGCUCCCAGCUUCCAAGCCGUCCUUUCCACGCCUCUGCCACCAGAGCCAAGGGUAUUCAGCCCGACUCUGAGAACCCCCGUCCUCCGAAUACACCGGUUGCUGGUGCGGCGUCGCACGUUACUGAGCCUUCGUCGUUGACGCCGGAGGAGUAUCAUGAUUACUCGGAACAUUAUUUCAAUGUGUUGAUUGCGGAGCUGGAGAAGGCGCAGGAGGAAGGUUCGGAUGUUGAGGCUGAAUACAGUGCCGGUGUUCUCAACAUCACCAUUCCCGCGAUAGGAAGCUACGUCCUCAACAAGCAGCCCCCCAACCGACAGAUUUGGCUCAGCUCACCCAUCUCUGGACCGAAGCGCUUUGACUGGGUUCUCGAGGGUGAUCGCAUGCACGAGAAGCAGGAUACUCGCGAGUUUUCGCAUGGGCAGUGGAUUUACCUGCGUGAUGGAAGUAACCUGACAGAGAUCCUGAAUGGGGAGAUGUCGUUGGCUUUGCCCAAGGAUAUCUAUGGAGUCCUGCUUGAUGAUUAA